AUGACAUCAAUAAACAAUUUUGAUGGCAAUAGCAACAUAAAUGUGAUGCAACCAUCACCAAUAGCAAGCAACAACAAUCAAGACGACUAUGGUAAUGAUAUGAUGCGACCGUAUCGAAUAAUAUCAAGCAACAUCAGAGACGAUUAUCAGAGUCAAGAUGAUAACAACAUAAAUACGAUGCCACCGUAUCGAGUAAUAGCAAGCAACAACAAAGACAAUUACGAGAAUCAGAAUAUUAAUAAUAUCGAUACAACAACAACAACAAAUAUUGAUGAAAGUGAAAAUAGUGAAGAUGACAACCAAACAAUAACGAUGAUAAUGACAACACAACCUGUGGCAACAAAACGGUUUACAGCUGCAAAAACAGCCAUGAUCUUUUCCAUUAUUGUUAUAACUAUUUUGUUACUUCUUAUUCUAGCUGCUAAAUUUAUGGGAAUUUAUACUUAUUUAAACAAGAAACGACUACACAAGAUAAUACCAAAAAAAUUCAAAUGUUUUCAACGAAGAUCACGCCAUAGAAAUGAAUCCACAUCUGACAUGACACCACUCAGUGGCUACACAUUGUGUCAAUCUAAUGAAAUAUAA